AUGGGGCCUCCCACGGGCCACAUCACCUCCCCCAACGAGCCGUACCCCUCCAAGACGCAGCUGUCCGCCGCCACGACGACCCACACCCAAGGCAACUUCACCAUCUCGUCGCGCAAGCUGCCCAUAUCCAAAGCCGGGCCUAUCGAGGCCAUGGAGAAGUCCCUGGGCAUCCCUAUCCCCGAGAUGAUCUUUGGCGAUAACGUGGUGACGGUGACGCAUAACCCGACUGGCUGGAGCAUCAGCUUCAACGCCUACGACGCGCUCGAUGCCGUCGACAAGACCGACAAGAACAUGUUGCAGGUCGCCCACGCCCGGUCCUGGAGCUCGUCACGCGAGGAACAAACCGCGGGAAUCAAGGAGGUGGUCAAGCGCUUCGACUGGUCGUACUCGACUGAAUACCGGGGCACCGUAGUUACAGCACCUGCAUUGAACCAAAAUGACGGCAGGGAGGAGAAGAAGACGACAUCGACAACAGCAAAAAUGUUCGGCAAGACGGACCGCCCCAUCCCCGUCGAGCUGCUCAAGCGCAAGGACCCCAUGUUAUUUUUCGACGACGUCAUGCUGUACGAGAGCGAGCUGGACGACAACGGCAUCAGCCUGUGCAGUGUGAAGCUGCGCGUACACGAGAAGCGCAUGCUGCUGCUGUGCCGCCUGUUCAUGCGCCUCGACAACGUCUUGCUGCGCAUCCGGGACACGCGCAUCUAUGUUGACUUUGAGACGGAUGAAGUCACCAGAGAGUUUACCGCCAAAGAGGGCAAGUUUGAAGAGGUCAAGAAGAUAUUACAGUUGUCGGGGCUGAUUCCGGAUAUGAUUACGAUCACCAUGCGUGAUCCAAACAAAGUUGCGGACCUAUUGCCCGUGGUCGACCAAAAUUUGGAAGGCGUAUCAUUGGCGUCGUAG